CGCGAUUUGCAAUUUUUUUUUGAUUUUGUUCUGUUUUAAUGCGUUUUGUGUUUAUUGUAUAUCAUCUAUAUGGAAAGAUUUUUAGAAAAAAUUUUGUUUAAAUAUGUGGCCACUUUUUUGAUUCACCUUCUUCUCUCUCUUCGUUUCUCUCUCUGAUUUUUCUGUUUUAUCUUUUUCUUAUACGUAUCUUAUAAACAGUAGGCGUGUGUGGGGCAUCGUAAGAUAUAGAUAUGUAGAUUUUUUUUAAGAAAAUUAUCCUAUGGGUCUAGGUGACCACAAAAAAAAAAACAAAUAAAAUAAAUAAAUCAGGCAUUUGAAAAAGAAUUUCAUAAAAAUAUAUAGAUAUCUAAAUACAGAUGUACUCAUGUGCGUAUACUUUUGCACACUUACAGCUGCUUAAAUAUACAUAUAUAUGUAUCUAUAUCUAUAUAUUUGUAUGUGUACACACAAUUAGAACUGCACUUGUGCAGAAAAACAGACUAUUUGCUUAAGCAGAUGAAAAAAUACAUAUGGACAUCAUCAUCAUCACCAUCAUCAUCAUAAUCGGCAAUCGUCAUCGCCUAAAAGCCCCAUCUCAAUUACGAGCUUCUUCAUUAACUAACAUUCGGAAAUGUAGAAAAAAGCAACAGACCCACCAGACCAGGCCAGGCCAGGCCAGACCCGAACCAAACCUAUCUAAUAGUUAGCCCAGCUCUCUGGUGGCCAUUCUUCUUUCUUCAUCUUAUUGCCGCAGCUGCGCCUUAUUUCCACUGAAAGGCUUACUGACACAUUCUCACUUUCACAACGACUACGAUAUUGUACAAAGCUGUUCAUGCUCUUACUACUAAAAUACACUGUUAUAUAUAUAUAUAUGUCUAUAGAGAGAGGAAAAGAGAACAGUACAGAGAGAGAGAGAGAGAGAGAUGAAGAGUGAGAGAGAGUGGGAGUGUUUGAGCAAAUGAGAAUGAGAAGAGAGACGACAAGUAAAGUGAUGUUGCCUGAAAAAGAUCUUUCUCACUUCCUCAACUCAAGAACUCCGAUUCAUGAAUUAUUGCAGAUGUAAGUAAGUAUUGUGAAUAUGCAUGUGUGUAUACACGUAGAAUCGAAAUUUGAUUCGAUACGAGUCGAGAAAAAGUAAAGUAGUGCAAAAACAAGUAUUGAAUAAGCCACAUAAUCCAAAGCGAAAGGGUUUUAACAGUCCCAGACGCUGCUACUCUAUAACUAAAUAUAUACUAAAAUACAAAAAAAAAAAAAAAUAAAUGAAAACCGCUCCAUCGUGUUAUCACAGACAUAGAUAAUAACACACCCAAUAUAAAGUCUGAAAAAACAGUUACUGUUACAAGCGAAUAAAUAAUAAUAAGAGUGCCUUUGACCAGCCGAGACGACGACGACGGUUGAUGUUGGUGUUUGGUUUGGUUUGCUGGUGACAUCAGAGUCUAAAUCUAGCGCGAAUAGAUUUUAAUUCCGUGAAAUAGUACUCUCGUACUCGCACUUGUGAACUAAACAAAAAAAAAAAAAAAACACAAAAACAACCCAAGAAAAACUGGCUGCAUGAAAAACAUUACUAGCUCGAGCACUUGCAGCACUGGGCUGCUGCAACUGCAGAACAACCUGAGCUGCACCGAGUUGGAAGUUGCCGAGAAGACAGAACAACAGGCAGUUGGACCCGGCACCAUACCAUCACCGUGGACACCAGUGAAUGCCGGUCCUCCAGGUGCCCUUGGAUCGGCAGACACAAAUGGCAGCAUGGUGGAUAGCAAAAACCUGGAUGUUGGUGAUAUGAGCGAUGACGAAAAGGACUUGUCCUCCGCUGAUGCCGAAGGUGUAUGGAGCCCAGAUAUCGAACAGAGUUUUCAGGAGGCUUUAUCUAUAUAUCCGCCGUGCGGACGUAGAAAAAUCAUUUUAUCCGACGAGGGUAAAAUGUACGGUCGCAACGAACUAAUCGCACGAUAUAUUAAACUGCGCACAGGCAAGACGAGAACCAGGAAGCAGGUCAGCUCGCACAUCCAAGUUUUGGCUAGGCGAAAACUCCGCGAGAUCCAGGCGAAAAUCAAAGUGGAAACCAAUGGUGUGUCUUUGCAUUUAUUAAAUGAGAAAGAACAAACGUUGCAGGUCAUGAGCACAAUGACCAGUUCGCAAAUCGUGUCCGCCCAAGCGGCCAACAAUCUGGCAUUGGCUGCCUCGGCAUUAUCGGCAGGUGGUGGUGGCGGCCACCACACGAGGCAUCUCAACUUUCCUCCCCCCCAUAGACAUUCGUCGGCGGCGGCGGCGGCAGCAGCAGCUGCUGCAGCAGCCGGCGCAGCAGCAGCAGCAGCGGCAGCUAUAGGCAAUGUUCCUUCAUCCGCGUUGGUCCCCGGACCGCCGCCGCCGCUGCCACCGACGCCGGUUAUACCGUCGUCUUCGUCGUCGUCAUCACCUCGACAACAGCAACAACAACACCACUACCACCACCACCUCCCAGCCCACCACCACCACCACCACCAUUCCCAUCCCAAUUUGACGCACCUACCGCAUAGUCAUAUGCAUACACACCAUCACCAACAUGCGGCAGCCGUUGCAGCAGUAUAUCAUCUACAGCAGCAGCAGCAACAGCAACAGCAGCAACUGCAGCAGCAGCAACAGCAGCAGCAGCAGCGGCCAAACAAUACGGACAACGAUCCAGUGGUUCAGGGAGAUACUGGCGGUACUACGGUGUCAGCAGCAGCAGCACCUGCACCGCCAGCACCACCACCACCUCCUCCGCCGCUGCACCACCCGCCGUUGUAUUCUGGCCAAUUCUGGCAGCCUGGACUACAGCCAAGCACGUCCCAAGACAUCAAGCCCUUCCCCCAGCCGCCGUAUCCCGCUGGCAAAACAUCGACGGCGGUAUCCGGGGACGAAACUGGAAUUCCGCCCUCGCAAUUGCCCUGGGAAGGACGAGCCAUUGCCACGCACAAAUUCCGCCUACUCGAGUUUACGGCGUUCAUGGAAAUCCAGAGAGAUGAUAUGUAUAACCGUCACCUUUUCGUUCAACUUGGCGGUAAGCCAUCGUUUUCCGAUCCAUUACUUGAGACCGUUGAUAUUCGACAAAUAUUCGACAAGUUUCCGGAAAAGUCUGGGGGGCUUAAAGAUCUCUACGAAAAGGGUCCACAGAAUGCGUUUUACCUGGUUAAAUGCUGGGCAGACCUUAAUACCGACUUAACAACCGGCAGCGAAACGGGUGAUUUCUAUGGCGUAACCAGCCAAUAUGAAAGCAACGAGAAUGUCGUGCUCGUGUGCUCCACAAUCGUUUGUUCUUUUGGCAAGCAGGUGGUGGAGAAGGUGGAAAGCGAGUACUCCCGGCUGGAGAACAAUCGCUAUGUCUAUCGCAUUCAACGCUCUCCAAUGUGCGAGUAUAUGAUCAAUUUCAUUCAAAAGCUGAAGAACCUACCGGAACGCUACAUGAUGAACAGUGUCCUGGAAAACUUUACAAUAUUGCAAGUAAUGAGAGCCCGCGAGACGCAGGAGACACUAUUGUGCAUAGCCUAUGUGUUUGAGGUAGCGGCCCAGAACAGCGGCACCACCCACCACAUAUACCGUCUAAUUAAGGAAUAGCAAAAGCUGCAUGGAGCAG